AUGGCCGAUUCCGCAGCAUCAUGGAGAUCUAGAGGUCCACCCGCAUCCUCAUCCUCCGCUCCGAGCGGUGGUGCUAGUACGUGGGGACAUGGAGGAGUAUUCAGCUCGAGUGCGACACGUCGGGGAGGUGAAGCAGGCCAGACACGAGGUGCCAAGCAGUCAGCCAAGAGACCUAAGCCUGCUGCUACCUCCAAAAUUCUCACUGGUCCGCUGCAGACUUUUGAGGCUCUGCAAGAGACUCAUGCGCACUUGAUCGGUCCACAUCCUAGGUGGGCAACCGAUCCUAAAAGCACGCUUCAGUCGUACUGGAAUGUUGUCUAUGGUGUCGGCGGCAAGAUCAACUUUGCACAUGAAGAAGGCCACGUUGAGGGUCGCCGCGAGAAGUCUGUCAGAGCCAAGAUCUGUGUUGACCAGGAUCAAGAUCUUCACGCUUAUGGUGACGGCGCUUCCAAAAAGAUCGCAGAGCGCAGUGCCUGUCUGGCUGCUCUCGUACUGCUUCAGGAGACAGGUCUCUUCACUACCAAGCAACAGGCGGCCAAAGAAGCCCAGAAGCAAGCAAGGGCGCAAGCCAAAGCAGCUGCACCCGAGGAGCAAGUGACCCUUUCCAAUGGCCACGUGUUAAAGGCUGAGCGAGCGCGAGAAUUUAUGGAAUUCUAUUGCAAGGAAUUCAAAUUUGGCAAGCCCGAAGUUGCGAUCUCAAGUGCGAUUCGCAAGCAGGGCAAGAAGGCAGGCGGCAGCGCGUGGAAAGCGCAUUUGAUCGUCGGUGGUCAGGCGCUGGGCGAGACGCUUGCCAACAACAAAAAGGCGGCCACUUCGGCAGCUUACAUGGAAGCGGUGAAGGAAAUCGAAGCAUCCGAUCCACCCUUGUGGGAAAGGUUCGAUCGGACUUACAAGCCGGGCGCACCCAUCGGCAGCGCACCCCACGUAUACGUUCGCCUUUCAGAUGAUCUAGACGACGACUUUCGAGAUAUUUCCGACAGCGCAAAGCAAAGUCUACUGUACUCGAAGAGACCCCAAGCCCACGAAGUCGCUGUUGGAGGUGGAAAUGCCCAGACGGACAGACGCAAGCCGUUUGGCGCCCGUCCUGCCUCGGAAGCUGAGCUUACAGAGAAAAGCAAACAACUAAAGCAGAGACUUGACGAGUAUCAAAUUGACGAGCGCGUCAAAACUCUGCGCCAGCAGCGACAAAGUCUACCUGUUCAACAGAAAGCAAGCGAUGUCCUCGUAAAGAUCGCGAUGAACCAGGUCACAAUCGUCAUGGCCGCGACAGGAUCUGGUAAGACGACUCAAAUACCUCAGAUGCUAUUUGACGACUACAUCCUUCAGGAUCAGGGCGCGAAGUGCAACAUCUUCUGCACUCAACCUCGACGUAUUGCGGCGAUCAGUGUCGCGCAACGUGUUGCCAAAGAGCGAGGCGAAAGACUGGGUCAAAGUGUUGGCUACCAAGUGCGCUUCGACCACAAGCUACCAGAGCCAAACGGGUCUAUCACCUUUUGCACAACGGGUGUCUUCCUUCGUCGUCUUCAAUCUGCGCUCGAUGACACCAGCGAAGCAUCAAAUACUUUCUUGGAUAGCUUGACCCAUAUUGUGGUUGAUGAGGUCCACGAGCGAGACGUUGAGACAGACUUGCUACUUGUGGUCAUCAAGCGUCUUCUCGAAGAAAGAGGUCGCUUGGGCAAGAAAGAGAUCAAGCUCAUCCUAAUGAGCGCCACAAUCGACCCUACACUCUUUACCAACUACUUCCAAGGCCCUCCGCCAUUGCUAAAGCCGGCUCCGGUCGUCGAGGUGCCAGGGCGAAGUUUUCCAGUGGACAAAAACUACAUGGACGACUACAUCCCACGGCUGCAAAAGCUUGGCCUCGGCCAUCGCGAUGGAGGCUGGGUCUGGCAAGAGAAGAACGUACGAGAUUAUCUUGAUCGCGAGCUUCGUCAAGGAGGCGGCUUUGUAAAGCCCGCAGAUGAGGCCAACGGGGGCGAGAACGCGGACGCGAUCGACGAUUUGGAGCUACCUUACCCCCUCAUCGCUCUUAUGAUCGCCGACGUGCUGGUCCGCUCCCAGGACGGGCAUGUUUUGGUGUUCAUGCCAGGCUGGGACGAGAUCAAGGCCGUUAAUCAGAUCCUGCAGGAUACGUAUUCGCGACCGCUUAUGGGCGUGAACUUCAAUGAUCGGAGCAAGGUCGAGAUACACAUUCUGCACUCGUCCAUCCCAGUCGCGGAGCAGCAAGCUGUGUUCGAUCCACCUGCUGAUCCGUCAACUCGUCGGGUCAUCUUAGCCACCAACAUCGCGGAAACCUCGGUCACCAUUCCCGACGUGGUGUACGUCAUUGAUAGUGGGCGCGUCAAGGAGAAGCGCUAUGAUCCAGAACGCCAUCUCUCUAGCUUGGUUUCGGCAUGGGUGGGUACUUCAAACUUGAAUCAGCGAGCAGGUCGCGCAGGUCGCCAUCGUCCUGGAGAGUACUACGGAGUGCUUUCACGCGCUCGAUACGAUAGACUGAACGUCAAUCAAACAGUCGAGAUGCACCGCACGGACCUCAGCAACACGGUGAUGCACAUCAAAGCUCUUGCCAUUCCUGGCAUGGAGGUGGAAGAUGUAUUAGAUGCUGCCAUUGAGCCUCCAAGCUCCGAGAGAGUGGCUGCGGCAAUGUCUAAGCUGUUCAUGGUAGGCGCCCUGGACCAAAAUAAGCAGCUUACCGCCCUCGGCACAGUCUUAUUGCAACUGCCAGUCGAUGCGCCAAUGGGCAAAAUGUGCCUCUACGGAGCCUUUUUCCGCUGCCUGGAUCCGACGCUAAGCCUGGCGGCCAUUAUGACGAGUCGUGAUCCCUUCAUGGCGCCCAUACAACUAAAAGCCGAAGCUAAUGCUGCAAAAGACAGGUGGUGCCCACCAGACUUCCGCUCAGAUCCCUUGACAAUCCUCAACGCGUACAACAAGUGGUGGAGCCUGCAGAGCAGCGGUGAAUAUCAACGAGCAAACCGCUUCUGCAGCGAGAAUUUCCUCAGCAAGGUAACACUGUUGCAGAUACAGCAGGUCAAGGAACACCUCUUCGAGUCUCUCGAAAAGACUGGCAUUCUCGAUCUCACGCUUGGACAGGAGCGCAACACCUCUGGGCAGCGGUGGCGUGGUAGCAGGCUCAGCUCUACCCAGCCAGAGCUGAAUGGAAACAGCGCAUCCAGCACUUUGCUGACGGGCCUGAUCGCUCUUGGUUCUACGCCUAACUUUGCCAUCAAGAGGAACGAAAGGACUUUGAUGACGGAUCAAGACAAGGCGUGCUUUAUCCAUCCAUCCAGCGUUUGCCACUCCAAGUUCACCAAAGACAACAAAACUCAGGAAGACCAGUUCGUGAGCGAGCGUGAGCUCUUUGCUUUCAGCGAGAAAGUUAGAAACGUGUCCAAUGUAACAAGCAGCGGUGGAGGUGGCGGCGCGAUGACGUAUUUGCGAGGCGUCACUCGAUUGAACGUGCUCACGUACAUGCUUUUCGGAGCCAACCAAGUGCGCAUGGGCGAUGGAGGCAUCCGGUGCGAUGAUUGGCUGCCGGUGAAAGGACACUUCGACAUUUUAGACGACAUCGACAGACUCAAGACCGUGUUGGACGCCUGCAUGUUGCGCGUCAUGGAGGGCUGCAUUCAUCGCAAGAGACGCUCCCCCCGACAUGCCGCACCUUCGCGCAAUCACGACGAAGACGAGGAGGACGAGCGGGCGCCCAGUCCUGGGGUCGAGUACGGCGAUCGAUCAGAGCUGCAUCUGGUGCCGCAGGAGAUCGAGGAGUUCGAAAGACUGACAGCUGGGGUUGUGCACGUUUUGGACCGCUUCGUGGACGAGACUAUGGGACCUUCGAGGAACACCACUCGACCGCCAUCUCCAUCUGGAUACGGCAGUGCAAUCUCUUCCAUGGAACACGGCGGCGCUGGCAGAUAUAGCGCUGCUGGCAGCCAGUACAAUUCCAGAGCUCCCUCUCCACGUGGAUGGGGCCCAGCCGCCAUCAGCAGCGACUGGCGCCGCGGCAAUUAG